AUGUAUCGUAAAGAUAUGAUGAAACACAAACCUCAUAAUAUGCCAAUGACAAAAUACAGCAAGCUAGUAUCAGAAUGGUGGAAAAAGCUUUCUGCGGACGAAAAAGCGAAAUUGCAAAGGCAAUAUCAAAUAGAUCGUGAUCAAAAAUUACAAAAAGUCGUCAGUGCACGUGAUAUAGCCGAGACGAGAGAAGAAAUCGAAUGUGAAAAUUCGAGAUAUCAAGAUGAAGCCAAUAUUUUACCUAAGGGAAUGAAAAAAGAUUGUUAUUUCACCGAAAGUCCUACGGAAAAUUUUGAAAUAUAA